GUGGCCGAUGCUGGCGACAAGAACACCUCCAAGUCGGCUGAUGACGAGCCUGAGUAUGAGGACGGGCGCGGGUUUGGCAUCGGUGAGCUGGUGUGGGGGAAGCUUCGCGGAUUCUCCUGGUGGCCCGGGCGCAUCGUGUCCUGGUGGAUGACUGGACGGAGCCGCGCGGCCGAGGGCACACGCUGGGUCAUGUGGUUUGGGGACGGCAAGUUUUCGGUCUGUGUGGAGAAGCUCCUGCCCCUCAGCUCUUUCGCCAGCGCCUUCCACCAGGCCACCUACAACAAGCAGCCCAUGUACCGCAAGGCCAUCUAUGAGGUGCUGCAGGUGGCCAGCAGCAGGGCAGGGAAGAUCUUCCCUGCAUGCCCCGAGAACGAUGAGACAGACACGUCCAAGGUGGUGGAGAUCCAGAACAAGCAGAUGAUCGAGUGGGCCCUGGGUGGCUUCCAGCCCUCCGGCCCCAAGGGGCUGGAGCCCCCGGAAGAGGAGCGGAACCCCUACAAAGAAGUUUACACGGACAUGUGGGUAGAGCCCGAAGCAGCCGCCUACGCACCACCCCCACCCGCCAAAAAACCCCGGAAAAGCACAACCCAGGAGAAGCCCAAGGUCAAGGAGAUCAUCGACGAGCGCACCCGAGAGCGGCUGGUGUACGAGGUCCGGCAGAAGUGCAGGAACAUCGAAGACAUCUGCAUCUCCUGUGGGAGCCUCAACGUGACCCUGGAGCACCCUCUGUUUAUUGGGGGGAUGUGCCAAAACUGCAAGGUACGGUGUGGGUACCAGUACGACGACGACGGGUACCAGUCCUACUGCACCAUCUGCUGUGGCGGCCGCGAGGUCCUCAUGUGUGGCAACAACAACUGCUGCAGGUGCUUCUGUGUGGAGUGUGUGGACCUGCUGGUGGGCCCGGGGGCAGCACAGGCAGCCAUCAAGGAGGACCCCUGGAACUGCUACAUGUGCGGCCACAAGGGGGUCUACGGGCUGCUGCGGCGGCGGGAGGACUGGCCCUCGCGCCUCCAGAUGUUCUUCGCCAACAACCAUGACCAGGAGUUUGAACCGCCGAGGUGGUGGCCUGUUGUCCAUCCAUAUCACCCACCUCACCCCACAGGCCUGCUGGUGCUAAAGGACCUGGGCAUCCAGGUGGACAGGUACAUCGCCUCCGAAGUGUGUGAGGACUCCAUCACCGUCGGCAUGGUGAGGCACCAGGGCAAGAUCAUGUACGUCGGGGACGUCCGCAAUGUCACCCAGAAACACAUACAGGAGUGGGGUCCCUUCGACCUGGUGAUCGGGGGGAGCCCCUGCAACGACCUCUCCAUCGUCAACCCGGCCAGGAAGGGGCUCUAUGAGGGCACUGGUCGCCUCUUCUUCGAGUUCUACCGCCUGCUGCACGAAGCACGGCCCAAGGAGGGCGAUGACAGGCCCUUCUUCUGGCUCUUUGAGAACGUGGUGGCAAUGGGGGUGAGCGACAAGAGGGACAUCUCACGCUUCCUGGAGGCCAACCCUGUCAUGAUUGAUGCCAAAGAAGUGUCUGCAGCGCACCGGGCACGGUACUUCUGGGGGAACCUGCCCGGGAUGAACAGCAGUGGCUGCUCCACCGUGAACGACAAGCUGGAGCUGCAGGAGUGCCUGGAGCACGGCAGGAUAGCAAAGGUCAGCUAG